AUGAAACUUUUAUCUUCCUUAUUACAGAAAACACAAUCCAGUAAUCCAGGCAGAUGGAGGGGGCGAGAUCCAGACCGCAAAAUUGCCUUCAAACAAAUGUUUAAGCUUAAAAACAAAAUAGAAUCCAGGAGUUCAAUAACAUGGAGUAGGCGAGCUCCAGAGCACAACAUGGCCCUACGAGAAAUAAAAAAUCUUCAAAAGGAAGCACAAUCUAGCAGCAUAGAAGGAGGAGGCGCCUUGAAAACAAAGAGAGAACAAUGUUACAUAUGUUUAAAAAAAUUUUUGGACAAAGAUGCCUUUAGGAUCCAUUUCUCCCAUGUCCAUUUACGAAAAAUAUACAAAUGCACAGUUGAAGGAUGCUUAAGGAUAUUCAGUUCAGAACCAUUGAGGAAUAGGCACAGCUACAUUCACCACAAAUAA